AUAUUAGGCAUGCAGGGUCAUUAGCUUUAGGCCUGUUUUCUUCACCCACUGGCCGAGGCUUGAUGAGCAUAAACAAGAAAAGGAGAUCCAAACAGCAGUUUCUAAGAUCAAGGAGAGAUAGACAGAAACCGAGAGAGAAUCAAAAGAUGUCUUUGGUUGACUACGCUUCUUCCUCGGACGAGGAUGCUACAGACAACAUAGAAGAAGAAGAAAAACAAAAGGAUCAAGAAGAACAAGAACCAAAACCUCAAAACGAACCACAAGUUGCAAAGCCAGAAAACAAACUGUCAUCUGGGUUGUCAUUGUCGAGGCCACAAGUAGCAGGGCCAAGUCUUCUUCCUUCUGUAUCGAAGCUUCCAGAUGCUUCAAUGCUAUUGAAUACGCCAACAGUUGGGUUAGAUGGAAGUGGAAGUGAUCAUGCGUUGCGAGUAUCAGCAGCAAUGGCAGAGAAUGCGUCGCGAAAGAGAGAAUUAAAUGUGGGGUCUUCGCGGAGUGGGAAAGUGGCAAGAGGGAAUUUGGCUGCUAACAAGAAUGUUCCAGAUACCGGUGGGGGUUUGUUAGUUCCUCCUCAGCUUAAAGGAAGGAGUAAUGUUGUGACAGAAGAUAUUGGGAAGCUGUUUGUAAGAAGACAUGCAGAACCCUCCUCUCACUAAAAUGCUUCCAGAUCAGUGAUGGUAUCAUUACAUGUGACAUUUCUGUAACUGUGUAUAAUGGCACAAACUUCUUUGUUAGUAUCCUGAGAUCUUGACUUGUAUAAAUGCAAAACGUUUUGUAGCACAUGCUUGCAACUCAUGACUUUCCUAACCUUGUUCAUUGACAAUCUGAUAGCUAUGAUUGGGAUUUUUGUAGAAUGGACAUCAUAUGGCCUCUAGAUAUUCCAUUGAAAGUUAAAUGAAUUUCAUUUUCAUUUUUGUUUA